ACCAUUGGCUAUCAAAAGAAACUCUUUCUCGGUGGAAUAAAGAAGUUGCUAAAAUAUCACUUUAUCAAAAUCGACCAGGAAACCCACAUUCAACUUCUUAUUCGUAUGGUGUAAUGGCUGAUGAGAGUACAAGAGGAGAUAAGAAGGUGUUUUUAGUUUGUUUUUCAUAUUGGGACGCAUAUAAAAAUCAACCAAUGAUUACUCUCGCGAAAAUGAUAGACCUAAAUAAAUAUAGUGGAGCUAUAGUAGCAAAAACGGCAAAUGCAUUUUCGUUCAGAAUCCCAUGUGGUCUACAUGCACUACAAAUAGCGUUAGUUGCAUUUGAAAAUACUGCAUUUGGAAAAUUAAACACAGUAUUUGAUAACGUACCUCGAGUAUUAGAAAAUAAUAUAUUUAAAUGCCUUCUUUCUGGACACCGCGCACAUGAACUUACUGAUCAAGUUCUGUUUUGGCUUGGUAAACUACAGAGUGCAAUUAAUGACCCCUAUAUUAUUUUUGAGGAACAAAUUAUUGAAGCAUGUUCAAAUUUAUGUAAUCAGGAACUUACUGCUUUAAUAAAUAAUUUAAAAUCUGGUUUAGAAAAAGCACGAGAAGGAUUUUUAAAGUGGAUGGGUUGCUGGAUUCACUUACCUUUAACGAUAUGUCUAUUGGGUGGAAGUAAUGGUCCUGAUUUUGCACGAA